CCCAGGCCAAGUGACACUUGUAAGACAACAGCACUUGAUGAAUCAUAUCUCUGGUGUGCCAUCCGUUUAUCAAGACCUGGCAUAAUUCCAUCACUUAACAAAGUGGUUUUUGCUACCCUUGAGGACUAGAGAGAGCAGUGGUGAGAAUGACGGGGAUGACUUUGGCCACAACUGGAAACCUCCAGAGCAGGAGCUGAUUGUGAAGCUGGUGGCCCAGAUUGAGUAUUACUUCUCAGAUGAAAACCUUGAAAAAGAUGCCUUUCUCCUGAAGCAUGUUCGGAGGAACAAGAUGGGAUACGUCAGUGUCAAACUCCUGACAUCUUUCAAAAAGGUAAAACACUUGACCCGUGACUGGAGAACCACAUCUUAUGCCCUAAAAUAUUCUGAUGUUUUGGAGCUGAACGAAGACAAUAGGAAGGUCCGUCGUAACACUCCUGUCCCCGUCUUCCCUAGUGAGAAUCUCCCAAGCAAGAUGCUGCUUGUCUAUGACAUCUGCUUGGUUUCUGAUCUCCAUCCUCCAGAUGGAGGGCAAGAGAAUGGAUGUGUUCAAGAGAAGAUAAUGGAGCAUCUCCUCAAAGCCUUUGUCAGGUUUGGCGUCAUCUCGUCGGUUCGCAUCCUCAAGCCUGGUCGGGAUCUUCCACCAGAUAUCAAGAGAUUCAGCAGCCGAUACAGCCAAGUGGGAACCAAAGAAUGUGCGAUCAUCGAGUUUGAAGAGGUAGAUGCUGCUAUCAAAGCUCACGACUCAAUGUGCAUCCGGGACAACGAAACUGCCAUGAAGGUUAUCCUCAUUGGAAUGAAGCCUCCAAAAAAGAAGGUCCUCAAAGACAAGAACCGUGAAGAAGAUUCCAGCAAAGCUCUCAGCAAAACACGUUCAGUGAACAAGAGGGUUGAAGAACUUCAGUUCAUUGGUGAUGAAUCUUCAGCCAACAGCUCCUCCGAGCCUGAGAGCAACCCAGCAUCACCAAUGUCUGGGCGCAGAAGCAACUCUUCCAACAAAUUGAGUCUUUCUGCCUACCAGAACAAUCAUCUUAGCCCAAACGUGUCUCCAAGAUCCAGCCCUUGGAGCAGCCCUUCUGCAUUGCGCAAAGUGUCCAGGAUGUCCCCACUUGCCGGAGAAGGAAGGCUUAGCCUGAGCACCAGCCCUGAGACAUCAGGGAGAUACGUGGAUUAUUCCUCGGACAGUAGUGUUACUCCUUCCAGCAGCCCGUGGGUCCAGAGGCGGCGACAAGCUCAGACUCUGACACAAGAGAAAAGUCCUGUAGGCAGCCCAAUGCAGAGUCCAAAAAUACAGAAUGCAGUUGGGUUACCCGUCGGCGUCCUGCGUCUGCCCAGGGGCCCUGAUGGUACGAAGGGAUUCUAUAACAGCCACGAAAGGAAUAGGCCCACAAAGAAUGAAGAAGCUUCGUGUGGUGCAUCAAACUGAUGGACUACUCCAGUGUUGUCCUCCUCAAGGACUUGCAUCAUUGUAGUAUUUUCAUU